CAUUUGGUUUAAACGUGGGCUGUUAUUAUGAAAAGAUGGCCUGAACGACAACCACCACGGCUGUGCAACUUGUGUCCCAUCUGUCAAGUCAGAGGCGAGGUGCGUCCGUUUCUGUGUCUGCAGAUCGCGUGUUUGUGUUAACAACAACAACAACAAAAAAAAAGCUAGCUUUUAGCUGUGACAUCUGACAUACGACAGUUUUUAGUUGCUGCUGCCCUGUGCAAAAUUAGUGAGACAGUGAGAAGGCCAUGGCUGAACAAGAGAUGUGUCCUCACCUGGACUCCAUAGGAGAGGUGACCAAGGAGGACCUCCUUCAGAAAUCCAAGGGAACUUGCCAGUCUUGUGGAGCCGGAGGGCCAAACCUGUGGGCCUGUCUGCAGAGCGACUGCCCGUACGUCGGUUGUGGCGAGUCAUUCUCCGAUCACAGCACCCUGCACGCACAGACCAAGAAGCACAACCUGACCGUCAACCUGACAACGUUCAGGAUCUGGUGCUACGUGUGCGAGCGGGAGGUGUUCCUGGAGCACAGGCCGCCGCUGGUGCCCGUCACCGCCGCUCCUCACCACUGUCUGUCUGCAGAGCAGGAAGCAGCUCCUCAGCCAGUAGGUCACCCGCUUAAAGGCGUGCCCAUUGCUGUUGCGGAAGAAGACGGCUCAGAGUCAGAGGAGGAUGAACUCAAACCCAGAGGCCUGACAGGAAUGAAAAACAUCGGAAACUCGUGCUACAUGAACGCCGCUCUUCAAGCUCUGUCCAACUGUCCUCCUCUCACUCAGUUCUUCCUGGACUGCAGUGGAUUGGUACGAACCGAUAAGAAGCCCGCUCUGUGUAAGAGCUACCAGAAACUCAUCUCAGAACUCUGGCAUAAAAAACGGCCCAGCUAUGUGGUCCCUACCAGUCUGUCUCACGGCAUCAAACUCGUAAACCCUAUGUUUCGUGGUUACGCUCAGCAGGUAGGGGCAAGCUCCCAGCAGGACACUCAGGAGUUCCUGCGCUGUCUGAUGGACCAGCUACACGAGGAGCUAAAGGAGCCGCUGACCGAGUGCAGCAUGGGCGCCGAGGGGAGCGACGGCGAGGAGAUGCGCGACGGAGACCCCGCCCCGUCCGAGGACGAGUUCCUCUCCUGUGACUCUGGCUCCAGCAGCGACCGGGGCGAAGGUGGGGGAGCGGGUGACGGCGAGCCGCUCCUGCAGGACGAGUGUGACGGGGCGAGGACGCCCGCGGCGGGCACCGUGGCCGUCACCGCCGGCGGGUUGAUCUCGGAGAAGGAGAGGCUGAAGGAACGGAGGGUGUCGGGCUCGCCUCUCCGCGGAGGCUCUCAGGAGAUGGACGAGGACGCGGAUGUGGACACGGCAGCGGAGGAGGGGGCUCCUGAGAGGGGAGGGGAAGAGGAAGUGUCGCCACCAGCAAACCCCGAGGUUCAAAGCCAAGAGAACAAUCAGAUAUCGGAUGCGGGGACACCCCAAACACAGGAAAACAUCGCCUCAGAGCCAGACAAUGAAGCAUCAAUGACCCAGACGCAGACUCAGCCUCAGUCCACUCCCUGCAGCCCUGUAAGAACCCUUCAAGAGCUGCAUCCCAAGCUGUCCGCCAGUCCGCCUCGAUCCAGUCCCCUCCGCUCUGCAGGACCUGCAUACUCCUUCAAAAAAGCUCAGCUGCUGCUCAGCACCCGGAAGAAGAAACAGCCUCACUAUCGCAGCGUGAUCUCGGACAUCUUCGACGGCUCCAUCCUCAGCCUAGUCCAGUGUUUGACCUGCGACAGGGUCUCUACAACAGUGGAAACCUUCCAAGACUUGUCCCUCCCUAUUCCUGGCAAAGAGGACUUGGCCAAGCUCCACUCAUCCAUACACCAGAACCUUCCAGUAAAGACGGGCGUUUGUCCCGACAAUUACAACUCGCAGGGCUGGAUCACCUUCAUCAUGGACUCCAUACGCAAGUUUGUAGUUUCAUGUAUCCCCACUUGGUUUUGGGGGCCAAUGGUGACCCUGGAGGACUGCCUGGCUGCUUUUUUUGCUGCAGAUGAACUCAAAGGGGACAACAUGUACAGCUGUGAGAGAUGUAAAAAGUUAAGAAAUGGUGUGAAAUAUUGCAAAGUACUUAGACUUCCAGAGAUUUUAUGUAUUCAUCUGAAACGCUUCCGGCACGAGGUCAUGUAUUCGUUCAAGAUCGGCAGUCACGUGUCCUUCCCGUUGGAGGGCCUCGACAUGAGACCUUUCCUGGCCAAGGAGAGUCCGUCCCAAGUGACCACCUACGACCUGCUGUCAGUCAUCUGUCACCAUGGCACCGCAGGAAGUGGACAUUAUAUAGCUUACUGUCAGAAUGUGAUCAACGGCCAGUGGUAUGAGUUCGAUGACCAGUAUGUGACAGAAGUCCACGAGACUGUGGUGCAGAAUGCAGAGGCCUACGUUUUGUUUUAUAGAAAAAGUAGCGAGGAGUCUGUGAGGGAGAGGCAGAAGGUUGUGGCUCUGGCCAACAUGAAGGAGCCCAGCCUGCUGCAGUUUUACAUCUCCAGAGAAUGGCUGAACAAGUUCAACACCUUUGCCGAACCCGGCCCCAUCAGCAACCACACGUUUCUCUGUCAGCACGGAGGAAUCCCUCCCAACAAGUACCACUACAUAGAUGACUUGGUCGUGAUCGUUCCCCAGAAUGUCUGGGAGUACCUUUACAACAGCUUUGGAGGCGGCCCAGCAGUGAACCACCUGUAUAUGUGCGCCAUCUGUCAGGUGGAGAUUGAGGCUCUGGCUAAACGAAGAAAAACUGAAAUAGACACUUUCAUCAAGCUGAACAAGGAGUUUCAGGCUGAGGAGGCUCCGACUGUGAUCCUGUGCAUCAGCAUGCAAUGGUUCAGAGAGUGGGAGAGUUUUGUGAAGGGCAAAGACAACGAGCCACCCGGUCCCAUCGACAACAGUAAAAUAGGUGUCAUGAAAGGAGGACACGUACAACUCAAGCAAGGUGCAGACUACGGUCAGAUCUCAGAGGAGACAUGGCAGUACUUGUUGGGUAUUUAUGGUGGAGGACCUGAGAUUGCAGUGAGGCAGACGGUGGCCCCCGCUGACCCCGAAAGCCUCCAUGGAGAGAGGAAGAUUGAGGCGGAGACCAGAGCACUUUGAGAUAGAAAGAGAUCUUCUGACCCCCCCCUCCCCUCCCCUCCCUUUCCAUUCCUGCCUUCACAGGAAGCUGAGGAAUUUGCACCUUGGUGAAGAAGCCUCGCCGUGAGCACUUUGUAAAUGUAGCAGCGAAUUAUCCUGGAGACGUGUGGAAGAGGGUAUUUAAAUAUCACGUAGUUUAUUUAUUGGAAAAUUCUGAUCCUUGAUGUUAAGGUGUAAAAAAAAAAAAAAUAAGGCGUCGUGUCACAUCUUUGGAGAUGUUUUUUGUAGUUUCAGUGGCUGCUGUAGUGACUAGGUGUCAUAUUCUGCUAAACCGGCUGUGGCCGACACACAGCAGAGGUCGGAAGACCAACAGAACGACGCUACGAUGUUUGGUUUGAAGACUGUGCUUCUCUUCUUAAGUGAAAGCAACAACCAAGAGACAUUCAGAAGCUUCCUGUUGUUUGCCUGUUUACUAGCUACAUAAGUUGAGACAUCAAGUGAGAAUUAUCGCUUCGAUCUGACUCUUACACCUCCAACCUUAAUUACACAGUAUAUCUGAGCCCUCAGGAAAGAAAGUCUAGUUAGUCGAGACCAGUGAAAUAACAUUUAAUCAUUCAAAAAAACAAAACACAACUGGUUUAUUUCAAACCAUAAAACAUGCAUGUGUUCUGAUAGAUCAUUUUCAGGGAAAUCUGUAAUUGAAAAACUACAAAAUGCAUGUAGCUGCAACUUCUCUCUUGGACCUUAUGAGACAUUUCACUGUCCAAAUUGUUUGCUCAAAAACACAAUUAUAGACAUUUAUUUAUGUUCUUAAAAAGAAUGGAGAGCUGCUCAUGGACUAUCCUUAAAUAGCAACAGGCUUAAAAGAUAUAACCAUUUAAUUCGAGAAAAGAGUAGCGAUAUAAGAUUUCUGAAAGACAAACUUAUUAGUGUCUUGACCUCCGUUUAGUUGGAAGAGGAUUCCACAAAGUAUCUGGUGCAAUAACUGUAAAUACACUGGAGGGUAUUGUGAGAAUCUUAAACAACAAGUGUUUUGUCUGUCAACAGCUUAUAAAGUAAAUCAAAGGAAAUUCCUCUGAAAGAUGGAAGUGUCAAUUACAUCAUUAUUUAUAGUUCUAGAGAAGAUUUUACCCAAAAUGGCUCAUAAUGCAGUACCAGUUUACUCAUAAUGCAGUACCAGUUUAAAUUCAUAGAGGGCAGUAUUUAAGACAUUUCUUUUUCUUUUCUUUUUUUACAUUGUAACAAUUUACCGAGAAAUGAUUUAUAAUAUUUAGUGCAACAUGCACAAAUCAGGACCUGUUCCAACAGUCACAUUUUUUAUGAUAACUAUUUGAUCGAUCAGGUACAUUUUCCUCUUCUAUGACUGUGCAUGUUUUCAUCCAAUCAUCACAAAGUGAAGCUGUAACCUGUGAAAAAUAUGUUACACUGAGUUUUUUUUCUUGUAAAAAUAUUUGUGCAUCUGCACAUUUCAUUGUUGUUGAUGAUGCAUUUUUUUUAAAUGUUGUGUACAAAUACAACCUUUCUGUUAUUUAGACAUCAUGGUAUAUUUACUGAAAUGAUAUUAUGGUGUAAGGUUUGACUCUAAACUAACACAGCAAGCCAAAAAAAAAUCAAAAACCCUCAACCGCUUGACUCUUGUGUCAAGGAAACCUGACUGAAAACUGCUUUCCUGUCUUUUAUCUUUUGAUCACAGAUAAGUGUAUGGUAAGUAAGAGCGUGGUGUGCAGUUCAUUUCAGACAGUUCAAACUGCUCCCAGUAUAAACAGUUCUUGCUCCAUUUGAAGCUGCCAGCCCCCAAAGUAUUUCAAAUAGAACUUCUAGUAUUUUAAUUUGAUAAUCCAUAGCUUUUAUUAAUUUUUAUUUGCUAGCAUUAAUUUAACAAAACAUAUUGAGUAUUAUGACAAAAAUGUGCAAUGAAAUUGACAACUUGACAACCACUAAAAGAGGUGAAGGUGUCUGGGUUAAAUCUAUGAUAAAAGGCAGAGGCAGUCUAAGUUGAGCUUAAUAACCAGGUCCUCUUCCAUCUCAUUGUAAAAACAUGCUUCCUUCAAAUUUGCACAAUCAGUCUGUCACAACAUUUUAAGCUGUUAAUUAUUAAGUCUUACUCACUGGUUAUAAUUACCAGUUACAAGAAAGACUUCACAAGGAAAUAUCUUAGUAGUUGUGCUUAUUUUACAUUUUGAUUGUAAUAAGUUAUAAGAAUCAAUAUAAACAAUACGAUAAUUGUAAAAAAAUAUAUUUAUAUUAGCUGUAAAUUACAAUUAAGUGGUCUAUUCCUUAAGAUGUAUUCCAUAAAAUGUGCACAAAUUCACAAGAUAAAAAGUGUUUAUAUUUUGUUUUUGUUUUUCAAUUAUCAUUGAAGUAGGUAUUGUUUUUACUGUACUUGCACAUCCAAGAAGACAAAGAUCUUCUUGCAUAAGUACAAGUACAAAGAAAUCACCUGUCUCAAAAGGCCACACAAUUUGGAAGAAAAGAAAGACAAAGAACUGCAGAGCAAACCACAGCCAAACCGUGAAAGUCAAAGAAGCAUGAAUUACUUAAAAUACUGUAAUCGUUUUAAUGCCAAAUCACAAAAAAUCAACAAUGAUUGUCAUCUUAAGUUGCCAUGCAGUGUUUACAUAGGAAUAGAGUAUAUCUUACCUUCAGCAUUAGAGUCAUCCUACCUUUAAAUACAGUGCCUUCAAGCAUCUUCACACCAACAUUGCACCUGCACUGGUGUUUUAACAAUUAAGGUCUUGAUUCCAUAUAUUGGGGGAUACCCAUAUAACAGGUCAAUCAGAAAUCAUGGUCAAUCAUGUCAGAAAGGGAGAAUUUUUUUCUUAUAAAAUCCCAGAUCACAUGUAGCCCAAGCAAAGUACUAUUCAAAUACUAAUGAUGAGAUAACAUCUGUGUGGGUAUGAGGGGGCUUUCAUACAUUUUCCAUCAACCUUGACUUUAGAACGGUCUAAUUAGCUGUUUACUGCUACAUGUUCAGACAGUGUCUCAUUGUAAGAUCCAGCAAAAAAUUGACCUCGGUUACAGAAGGUCAUACUAACUUCUAAUAGACUAAAAGAGGUGAUGAAAGGAAUACAUUUUGACUUUCUUUGUUAGAGUUAGACAACUAGUUUAAUACCACUCUCAUGUUUGUACGUUAUCAUUAAGCUAUAGCCAUGAGACAGUUAGCUUAGCCAACCUUAAAAGAAAUAGGCCUACUGUAAACAGGAAAACAGCUAGCCUGGCUCUUAAGGUGCCAACUAGUUCCUCUUAAUAUUUAUCUGUAGUAAACCCACACACUCACCCCUGUCCCAGAAAGUAUAGUUCCUCCAAAGGUCUCUAAGCUAACUGGUUGCUGGCUGAAGCUUAACAUUUAGCAUAGAAAGCUAAGGGUGAUAUCUUUUUUUUUUUGUUAGCUAACAACUAAAAUGACAGAAGGAUGUUUUUUGUUUUAAGUUAAGCCUCGAAGAAGAGUUUAAUGUCUUUCAAUUUAGGGUACAUUUUUCGUAAGCUAGUAGUGAUAUGGAUCCUCUUCAAGUCAUUUUGUGUCUUUAAAAGAGAUUCAAACAAAAGAAAAAAAAAGACAAUCUAAAAAGAACCAUGGUCAACAAGCUCAGCAGAUAUUUAGAAGUGUAAUUAUCAGGAAAGCAGCAAUAUAUUCACAAAGUCAAAUAGAUAGUAGCCUAAACCAAAACACCCCAAAGUUUUUUUUUGUACACCAUUUUUAACAAAGAUCUUUCGACUGUCAUAGUUUAAAUAAACUUGAGAAAACAUGAAUAUUAGCAUUUCCAGAAGACUUCAACGUCUACAUUUAGAGGUCCAUUGUUUCUAAGGUGGUUAAGUGUCUUUUUCAGGUGUUAUAAUUUUUUACUAGCUUGUGUUAAACUUCGCGCUAAUGACACAAGUGAAGUAAACAAACUGGCUUUUUUUGUUAUGUGUUAAGUGUAUUCAAAGAUUGUUCUUUUUUGUGUAGUCUUUAAAGAUUGAUUUGCUGUUUGGUACAGGUAGUUCACAGCUAAGCUCUUGGCCUGACGGCUUAAAAACAAUGUGAAAUUUACUGUAAAGAUCCAUAACGUUGACAGAAGCUAAAGGCUCAAGUGAUAAUUCUAUGAAGUUUAAUGAACAGGACAACAAACCCUUUGAUAUUUAAUAUGCUCUCAUCAGAGUAAAUCAUAGCCCCUUAAAGUUUGUCGCUAAAAGUUGCAACCUAGCUAGCGUCACUCUAGCCUAAUGAAACAUGAUAACCCAGAAAUUCCCCUUUACCUUGACUUACAUCUUCCACAGUUAUGUCAAACACCAGAUUAUUUGAUAACUUCAUUCUGGACCAUCUCCUUAAGUAGUUCAUAUUUUCCUUUUUUAUUUGUUGUCCAAUAUAUUUUUGAAUAAGACUUGACACUGAUUCGUCCAUUUGUCUAAAGAAAAGGUUGUUGCAGUGUUUUUGGUGUCACAAGUCCAGUCUGUAUUUUCACACAAUAAUGCUUCUACAGAGAUGUGUAAGCUAUGUUAGGAUAGUUCUUGGGGGAGUAAGUGCAAUGAAUAAAAGGCAAAUCUUUGUGCAAUCUGAAGCUGUAUCAUCAAAGACAUUUAAAAGGUAUCAUACACGGAGCAAUUUGAGCAGCUGACAGUUAAAGACAGGAGAAGUGCGGCGUUUUAUAUUGCAGUGUUAGGAAGCGUUGAGUGAUAAUUACUUAAUCAUCCCUUCCUGUGAGUUUGUUUGCUUGUGUUACAGCACGUAGCUAUGCGUGUGAGAAUUUCAUUUCACCAUUCAGUGGAAAAAGGAAAACAUGGUGAAAACAGCUGUGGUUGGACAGAGUUCAUCGGUAAUAUGACAGCCUGCAGACAACACAACCAAACUUAGCUGACUCAUGUUUUCCCCAUAUUUUUACACUGUGUGGCUGUUGUGGUCAUAAUAAUGAGGAUGCUUUGAUAACAUGGUUGACAUCAAUUCAAUGGGAUGUCUUAAUGUCUGUAUAAAUUGUGUAAUUACUCAUGACUGGUUUAUGAUUAAAAUUGCCUGGUCUUUGA